GGAACUGGAUGCUGGAGUGGAGACUACAACAGCAAGAGUUGCUCGAAAUUAGCUUUCAUGAGCAGGUCGAGAAGUUUGUAUUGCCAUCCUAGACUUCUGGAAUUUCUCCAAAGCGGACGACUUUACCUGAACAGCAACUUCCGCUGUUGAAUUGUCCAAAUUCUCCAGAAUGUCGACCUGCACAGCCAUCUCCCACGCCUCGGCGUCCCUCAAUUCGCUGAGACUAGCUUCCACCAACGCAAGUGUUCAGUCGUUCAGGCAAUCCUCUUUCGUGCGAUCUGCUGCUCUGAAGCAACGCCUGGGAGCUAAGAUUGCCGCGACAUCGAGAGUCUCUGCAUGGUUCAAAUUCGGAAAGAACGGUCUGGAUGCAGAGUCGUCGGGUAUCUACGGCAGUCAAGGUCGGGACGACUUCGACAGGGACGACGUUGAACACUACUACAACUACAUGGGCAUGCUGGCAGUGGAAGGCACGUAUGACAAGAUGGAGCAGCUCCUUGACACAGGCAUUCACCCAGUGGACCUCCUGCUUAUGAUGGCUGCGUCUGAGAGUGACAAGCCAAAGAUCCAGGAGUUGCUUCGUGCAGGAGCAAACGGCAAUGUGAAGGACAUGGAUGGCAGGACUGCCCUUGACAGGGCAACAGACGAGGAGAUUAGGCAGCUUAUUGCUGAGGGUGCCAAGCAAAUUGCUUGAAGGUUGUCACUUCUCAUAACCCAUGAUUGCUUCUCCUGCUCUAGUUGGCAAUCUGACCAUGCUAAAUCGCAUGUUAGAUCUGUUUAUGGUGAAUAAGCCAAAUUAAAGAAC